UACAGGAGAUGAGCGGAGACUGCGGACAUGGUACCGGAGAUGACCAGAGACUGCGGACAUAGUACAGGAGAUGACCAGAGACUGCAGGGACACAGUACAGGAGAUGACCAGAGACUGCGGACAGUACAGGAGAUGACCAGAGACUGUGGACACAGUACAGGAGAUGACCAGAGACUGCGGACAUAGUACAGGAGAUGACCAGAGACUGCGGACAUAGUACAGGAGAUGACCAGAGACUGCGGACAGUACAGGAGAUGACCAGAGACUGCGGACAUAGUACAGGAGAUGACCAGAGACUGCGGACACAGUACAGG